AUGUCUUUGAGUUUUCCCGCAGCGGGUUAUUGCUCUCCCUUGCUGGAGAUACAGAGCAAGGAGAAGAAGCCUCGCUAUUCAAUGGCAGCACUACAAGUUAGAUGGCCCAUGCGCACUUCCCGUCCGACAAACGGGUCUCCCACGUCGAAGAAAUCGAAAGGCACCGCUACGAAGAAGAGGAAGAGCGAAUCGGCAGAUUCACCGAAAUCCAAAUCCACUGACUCGAUAGCUAUUAGCACAAGUACCAACUUGCAGUGUAAUAAAAUUGACAAAUUGGCGGCCGAUGCCCAGCUUUUACCUCUUCAUCCUGCUUUGAAUUCCACCCUUGCGUGGAGUCAGAAACAGGAUUCGCCCAAGUUUCCAGACGCAAAUGAAUUGGAAAUCGUACAAUUUCCUCAGGAGAUUUCGCCAAGAGCGCUUCCCCCCGAACGGCAGACAAGGAUAUUAAACUCUAUGCAGGGUGAGCGAAGAUCCCCAAAUAUGCACCCAGCGGGGAGUUCAUGUCCUAUAACUGCAGACCAGAGACAAGAUAGGUGUCCCAGGCUGGCCCAGGGUAGCGAGCUUAGCCCACCCCCCAUACACCCUGGGCGAAGUAGGCCAUACCGCAAAGCCCCCAAUGCUGACAUUCCCCAGGAAGUGUCUGCAAAAGCCACUACUGAGAAUGUAUCGCCAAUCCUGGGCUUGGUUCUUCAGAAAAAGGCGAUCCAAGCCACCCCUGGAUAUAUCCAAUCUCUAGCCCCUUCGACAGUUGUUUCACCUUUGUCAAUCGAUAUGCCCCAGCCUCAGCGAGCUUUUGUUCCUCCCUCCUUUGACAAGCUCAUUCAAGUUGAAACGGACCCGCUUUUGGACCAGUCUGGGAAAAGUGGUAAUUCAACUACUUCUUCCGAGCUCGGUAGAAGUGUCUCUGCGCCGAAUAGCCCAGCCUCCUCAAGAUCGAGUAUAUACUCAGAUGACUUCCCCCAAAAAUCCGUUGCAGACGGAUGUUCUAGACACAACAAGGCUUAUUCGUUAAUAUCUCCCGUUACUGCCGGCGUGUUCGACGAUAACACUGGCUUGAAGAGGAAUCCUACGUUCAAGAACAAAAUCAGCCUCAGAAAGUUACGCAAUAAACCCUUGCCUCCAGAACCAGUGAUAGAAAUUACUCCACAGUCGAUCCAGCGUACCGUCGGACAAGAACCCAUGGGCAAUGCCUCUCAUUGCGGUCGGUUAAUCCAGCCGACAAGCAAACCGGUAUUCCUGCCACGAGACCCACGACCGUCUGACCUUGAUAUUUUGGAUGAGGCAUUCCGUCGUUCAGGCUUUUAUCAUGUGGCGCCCAGUAAACACGCCAAAUCGAAAUCAGGACGAGCUUCCGGCUCAAGCACAAUCUCUAGCUCUCCAUCUCUGCGCAUGGCUACCUUUGAGCUGGAAGAACAGCUCUCUGCUCUGUCUCGGUCCACUAGAAAUAAUACCAGUUGGUUAAAGAUAGGUUGGAAUCGAUCUUCUCCUCUCGAGUUUCCUGCAGAUUGCGCACCUAAACCACUGAAACCACGUUCACAUCGAACAAAACUUGGUCCACACUCAUCCGUGUCCCCGACUAAGAAGGCAUCUUCGCCUAAGAAGCGCAACGAUCAUUCUUCUUUCAGUUUUCCAGCCAAAAAGAGUUGGAGCGCUAAAAAGAAGGUUAAAGUGACACCGACGAUUAGUGAGUUAGUAGAGGCGGUUGAUAAGCACCAACCAUUGCCCAGCCCAUUGCCGCAGGUUUGUGCGAAUGAUGAUAAUCUCGACUAUAGCAUGAGCCCCAGUAACAACAGCAGCGAUGAUGCGAAACCGACAGAAACGGUAAAUCGCGUGGCGACGUUAAGGAAGGGAAGGGGUGAGAAUGUCGAGCGUAACCUUCGACUCAGCUUGCCCCGCCUACGAACCCAGCUCAGCGCCAAGUCGAUCAGGGGCCCUGUCAACCUCAGUGCAGUGGUGGAGUCCCCUACUGACCAAGAAAACCAACCUGACAUCAACAACGAGACCAGUCCCAAGGAGCGCAUCAUGGCGGUCCUCAACAGGCUUGAUCCAGAGCAACCAGAAUCUCCUCAUAACACUUGUUCCUGCCAUAAUAAAAAUAAUGAAGUGUUCGAGUUCGAGGACAGUGAGUUGUCCUCCGCCAGCGAACGUGUGGGGUCCAAAGACAUGCUUUGUGAACCCUUCCCCAGCGAGAUAGCGAAGAGUGUUAUCUAUCAGAUCAUGCAGAAAAUCGACAACCUUGAGGAUUUGUUUAAUCUCUCUGUCAUUAACAAGGCCUUCUACUCCGUCUUCAGAGAACAUUCAUUGACCCUAAUAAAGGAUACUUUGUUCCGCAUGUCCCCUGCUGCAUGGGAGCUGCGCGAGAUAUGUCCACCUUGGGAGACAGAGGGCGACGAAACAGGAGAUAUUGACAUGCCUGUGCCAGAAUACACACCGAAUUUAUACAUAAACCAUUACACGCGAGACCUCUAUACCAUGGUUGCUUUAAAAUCCCUCAUCCUUGUACGCUGCGAGAGCUUCCUACGGCCCGAUACCGCCAGAGCAUUGGCGGGAUUGGACGAGACUCGUUGCUUAGAGGUUGAUGAAGCGUUCUGGAGGGUCUGGACUUUCUGCAAGCUGUUUGGCUGUGGAAAGGGAAGAGAAGAUGAUAUCACUGCACAGGUCGACUGGCUCAGCGGUGGUCGACUUGCUGAAGAGGAAAACCGUGGUACUAACAUUCUUAUGCAAUAUCCCGCGGGGGUCCAUAGCGUUUUGUUCAACGCGCCGUCUGCUUUCAGCAAAGGCAACCAUGGAGGACUGUCGUCCACAGAACUCUACGACAUGAUGGAAAUUUGGACCUGCCUUGGUGUCCUUUUGCAGGUGUUUCAUGGGAAAUGCAAGGUGGCCCGGCAUUUUGGAGUCUUUGACGGCUUGAAGGUGACAUCUGGUGAUGUUGUAAAGGAGGAAUCUCUGAUAGAAAGCUGGACUCAGUAUCUUCUAACCCUUGGACCGUCCGCUAUUCUCACCCUCACCAGCAUCAACCCUGAUGCACCGAUUGAGACAUUGUUUUCCAGAGCACAGGCCAAUGGGUGGACGAAAUGGAAAGCCCCAGAUUCAAGUAACGGCGGUGCACCAAGAUUAUUCUUGAAAGAAGCGGUUUCUCAAGUCUACGAAUCAAGAUUAGCAAGCAUGCAAACUCCCGUAUCGUCCAGGACGCCAAAGCCCAACUCACCACCGCCACAUUCCCCUAGCCCCAUCACAAGACACCGCGGGCACUCUCGCGAGAUCUCGUCAUCGUCUUCAGGCUCUUUGUCACCACAGUUUUCCAACCCUAACCGCCGACGUCAAGCCGGAUUUGCCGCUGAGCUACGUCGAAAGCGCAAAGAAUCCUACGGUUCUGACAUGUCUGUCAGCGCAGAUAUUACCAGCGCGGUUACAGAUUUCAAAGAAGAGAGACCAAUCUCUCAUUUCUCCACCGUCAUUGAGAAUCUUGACCGUAGCAACAGGAAAUGCCAUCGAGACCUCUCCCCAGCUCCACCCCUACCAACAACCAUACCAUCUCCAAUCAAUACAACAUUACAAAUGACGCAACGCAUUACUUCCAGCACCCAAAAUUUUACCGCCUCCACCGACGCCAUUCUUACUAAAAAAUCACUGCUGGGCCCUGUUCCCACUUCUGCACCCCCAGUACCAACCGUCACCCUCGAAUCACCCACGCCACCUUCAGGCGCAGAAAUCACUCCAGCAUUAUCAUCACGCUCCACCUUCCACUCUUCAUCGGCUCCCAAACAACACCAACGAACGUUCUCCACGCCCGAAACGGCUGCCGAAGAGAAGAUAUCUCGCGGCCGUUAUUCCGCAUCUUCUUAUGUCCUUGACCCGGUUGAUAUUGCCAUGCACAAGAUGGUGAAGGAGCUAGGUUUCAACGAGGACGCUGCUAAAUGGGCCUUGAAAUGCACGGACACGGGCGAGUCAUUGGAUGUUGCUGCUGCGAUAAACCUGUUGCUGAAGGGCGGUGGCCAUGUGGACCCGCUUGCUAUGUCGGCGACAGUGACGCCGGGCACGGGCUAUAUGAAUAGUAGUUCCUCUGUGGGCGGUGGCAUCGGCGACGGGAAUGAGGGCCUCAUUGGGACUUGUAUGUGUAGGAGUAAGACUAUGGAGACUAGUGGUGAGAAGGAGAAGGAUGUGUGGAGACCCAUGUGGAGAUGGGCGUGA